AUGGGAUUAGUAUUUUUAACAUUUCUAUUUAUUUUCACCAUUGUAGUAUACUAUAAUCUCAUUUACAUCUUUGCAGAUGAUCCCAACGAUAAAUUAAAUUGUCAACAAAUGAGAUGUUAUGUCAACAAUACAGAUGGAUCAACAAUCGAAAAUGAUUCACCAUGUAAUUAUGAAAUUCCAAAGGAAAAGAUUAAAUUAUAUGUAACUUUGUCUUCAACAAUGUUAAUAGGUAUUAUAUCGAUUAUAGUUGUAGCUUUACUUUUAGGAGUAUUGCAAAAUAACAAUAGUUUAGUUUUCUUUGAUGAUUCAAAAGACGAAUAUUAUAUCGGAGCUGUUUUAGAGUAUAGUAUACCAAGAUUCAACUACAGUUCAAAUAAAGAGAAUGCUAUCAAAUAUAUGAAUUCAAAUUUGGAUGCUUAUGAAAAAUAUUUAAUAGAAGCAGUAAAAUAUGAAGCACAAAUCAUUGUAUUUCCUGAAUAUGGAAUCAUAGGAUCAUGGUCUGAAUUAAAAUCAAGAGACCAAAUGAAUUUAUUCUUAGAGAUAAUACCUGACCCUGAUACUCAUAAUUCUUCUAUUAUUCCAUGUGAUGAGGAUAUAUUCAAAGAUAGACCAAUAUUAAAAAGAUUAAGUUGUAUGGCAAAGAAAAAUAACAUUUAUUUAGUUGCUGAUUAUGGUGACCUUCAACCAUGUGACAAGUCGAUCGAUAAAGAUUGUCCAAAUGACGGUCGUUAUCAAUUUAAUACUGUAAUUGUUUUCUCACCAAUUGGUAGACUGUUGCUAAAGUUUCACAAGGCUCAUACUAUUUUUGAAGAUAGUAUGAACAAACCAGUUAAAUAUCAUGCCAAAUUCUUUGAUUCAGAUUUUGGUGUUAGAUUUGGAACAUUUAUUUGUUUUGAUCUAAUGUGGAAACAACCUCAAACUGAUUUAAUUGAAAAGCAUGGUAUUCAAACUUUGUUAUUUUCAACUGAAUGGGUUAAUUUUCAAUCAAUGACAGCAAGACAAAUGCAACAGAGUUGGUCUGCUCUAACUGGAUUGACUAUUUUAGCAUCAAACAAUGGUGAAAAUAAACUUGCAUCUGGUAGUGGUAUUUAUUCAGCCGGUGAGGUUAUAGUUAGUCAUGUCAAUCCAACAGACCGACCAAUUGACAUUUUGAUGAUUUCCAAAGUACCCAAGAUUCCCAAUUCUAAAUUAUCUAAAAAGUUUUCCAAAGAAUCAAAGGUCAUCUAUUUUGAUCGUCCAGAUUUAAUAGAUAAAUCAAACUUUGAUUAUUCAACUAUAAAUUUUAAACAAACUGUCACACCUUUUAACAUUAAAGGAAAGAAUCAAGUAAUUGAAAACUCAAACAAUGGUCUAACUUUGAUAACAAUGAAAGGAUGGCAAUCUUAA